GACGCGAAGUUAAGCAAAAGAAAACCUGACCUUGUGGCGGUCAUUUCUGGGGGCGCAGAAGUAACAAGAGGACUCCAGAAAAACAUCACACUGAAUGCCUCACUAUCGUAUGACCCAGAAGUUGCACAUGGCAACCAAUCAGGAAUGAAAUUCACCUGGCAUUAUGGCAUAAUCAUAGCUAAUCACUCCAGCAAACAAGCGGACGCGAAAGGGAGAAAAAGAUUCUUUACGGCCGUGAACGAGUCAGCCAUCCAUUAUUUCGGAAAAGCAUCUGGCGAACAAAUUUCCUUAAACACCGAAGCUUUGUCUCUUAAUCAGACCUACAUAAUUAAAUUGGUAGUGACCAAGGACAGUCGUAUUUCCACCGUUUAUCAAGUUGUUCAUUUGAUAAAAGGAGAUCCCCCAGAAAUAUAUCAAAGGUUAGGGGUCUACUUUGUUUUUUUCUGUUAUUUAGUUUGUUUGGUUUGUUUUUAAUGCUGUUUUUGUUGCCAUCUUUAAUACCUAUAUUUGUUCUUUACCUUGCUCUUGCUCAUUAUUUUCACUACUGAUGCUUCUGUCGUCCAUUUCUACCUGUUUUGUUUCUGGUUUCGUUAAUUUUCGUUGUUUCUGCCGCCGUCGUUUUUUUUUAUAAUUUGUGGUUGCUACUAAUGAUAUAUUUAUGGUUAACAUUGUCGUUCUGGUUGUUACUGUUGUUGUAGCUUCAUUAACAGUCAUUCAUAUCAAUGUUAAAUUGCAGCCACUGCUGCAGCUGUUCUUUUUAGAUGCAUGCUCUCACCAAAUAACGGAAGUUCAAAACCCUUUCUUCACUGAGUGUUCGCCCAAUCUUUUUUGCUUCUUUUUAGAUGUUUCUUUAACUGCCACACUAAAGUGAUUCCCUCGGUCAAACUUAGCAUCGAAUCACAAUGCCGCGGAUUACAGUGCUCUAAAAUAUCUUCCUAUGAGUGGAUGCUCUACCAGCAAUUUAAGCAAAACAUGUCCUUUAACUGGAAAAGGAAACAUAAUCUACGACUCAUCACAAGUACACCGCUGAAUUCAAGUGACAUUGUUAUCAAAGAAGGUUCCCUUACUAGUGGAAAUAAGUACCGCUUGGCACUAAUAAUUACAACUACGGACGGUUUAAAGGGAAUGAAUGCUUACGAUUUCGUUAUAGCGAUACCUCCUACAGGGGGGAACUGUUCGAUCACUCCGCCAAGCGGCAUCUCACUGAAGACUGAUUUCAAUCUGAGCUGUAGCAACUGGGAAAGUGACAACACCCCUCUGACCUACCAGUUUCAAUACAGGCUAGAGAACGGUCUGUACAAUGUGUUGUAUCGUGGCGUUAACAACACCAUAAGAACCUCUUGGAUACCGCCUGGGAACAAUGCAGAUAACUUUACUGUCAAGUUUAACGCUACAGUGACUGACAAUUUUGGAAUUUCUGCUUUCCCAAUCCCUUUGACAGUUCAUGUAGGUCGCUAACCAUUAAUUUAAUGUAUAGCAUGAAAGGAUGUGAGAAUAUUUCAAUUUCUUUUGGUCCCUAUUAGAUAUAGAUUAGUUAUAGUCAUAGAUUCUCGCUUUUGACUUUUGCAGAUCAAGCCAUCUCAGAAAGAAAGACCCGAUGCUAUCACAAACUUUCUAAUGGCAAAUUACAGUUUAUUCGAUGAAUUCAUCAGGAGCAGAAACCUGAGGAAAGCGGCACUAAUAGCAAACUCUGUCCUGCUAUCAGUUUCACAAGAAACCUCAAUUGAAUUGCAGGAGAGAUACAAGGUACUUUUAAAACCUAACUUGUUACUUAAAAAGUGAAAUAAAACUAGUUCGUUAUGAUCAUAUCCAAAAAGCAAAGAGCGUACCAAGAGCCAAACAUGCAAAAAAAAGAAUAGAUAAUUUGUAAUUAAAAAAAGAAGAUAACAAAAGAAAUCAAAUUCCGAAGAACAGAAAAAUUUAAUACACUAAAUACAGGAACAUAUUUUUGAGAAAAAUGGAGGCUUACGUGUUUAAUAUCUGAUAUUAUUGCAGCGCGAGAGUCUUGGCUUCAAUGUCACUGAGAUGUUCAUUUUCCAUUGUUAAUUCUCGCGGGUUGAGAGUGUGAGCAAACUAUUUUCUUUCGUUGUAACGAGUGAAGAACGAAUUAAAUUUUAAACGAAUACUUACAACUUUUGAAAUUGAGGUUUGAAAAUAUUUUUCAUGGGCGGAAAUCACAAGGCAUUCCUUCGUUUCAGCUUGGUGUUUUGAUGCAUUUAGACCAAUCAUGCGCUUGCAAACAUCAUUUUGAUGGGUUUUAAUUAGCAAUUUUUAGUGGGAAACCUGAUACGUUGCGUCUAAAUAUGCCUUUAGAUGUGUUAUCUUUGGAACGAUCCUCCUUAUGCAGGAUACAGUCUGUUUGCCUAAUUCUUUACUGGCUAAAAUAACAUUAAGCUGAUAUGUUUAUCAUUGUUCAAGGUUAUGAACUACAUCCUUGAAAGCUUUUCCUCCUUGGAAGCGACAACUUUCUCCGAACUGCUUCAAAGUUCAUCAGUUAUCGGUUCUGCUCUUCAGGUUUUGGAGAAAGUGCCCCACCAGUCUCUGGUAGGUUAAUCCCGUCAUGUUGAUUGGGGCUUGAAAAGCUAUGGUUGUUACGUCAAGUUUUCAUACCAUGACAUUAUUUAACUAGAAAGGCUCAAGAAACAACAGCAAUGACGACAACUGCAAAGUACUCACUUUAACUACUUAACCACAAAUUAUUCCUACAAAGGUAAAAGGAAAUAAAUCUGAAAGUAAGCAUCUCCAUUUAUAUUCAUUUGCACUCCACAGAAUAUCUCCUUAUCUGCUAUCAGCUCAAUGACGUCACUCCUGUGGUCUCUCGCCCAGGAAAAAGACGUAACAGACAUACAGCUGACAACCCAAUCAGCAGAAAACUUGGCUUUGUGUCUAAAUUACGCUCUGAAGGCGGCAGCAGUGAUUGCAUCAGAGGACUUCAAGUCAAGUUUUCAACAACAGGUGCUGUAAUGAAAAUUUAGGUGGUGUCGUAAAGUCAAAAUUAAAUAGACUUUUAAAACUUAUUUAUGCAUGCAAGCAUAAUUGUUAGAAUUUCUUCAUUGGCGAAUGGUCCAUUGCAGAUUGCUAUUAACUUCACCGUUAUUCCCUUUGUCAUUCAGAUUUUGGAACUUUGUUUGUUUGUUUGUUUGUUUCAAGCUUGCGAAAAUCCAUAACUUGCUUAUAUUCUCUGUUUAUUUUAUGCAAUUUCUACAGGGUAAGAUAUUGGUGAAGAUUUCAAUGAAGGCCCUCGAGAAAGUUGCAGACUCAGUGUUGGCCCUGACAGUGCCUGAUGAAAGAACCAUACCAAUCACAGUAGGACAACUAUCCAUGACACUCGGAAGAUAUAGCAUCCAGAGACUCUCAGGACUGGAAAUAAAAGCAGGAAAAGGCCAGUUUAUCUUACCGUCUAAUGGCCAAUUGUUACUCUCUGGAGUAAACAUAACAAGUUUCGUAGAUGUUCAGGUAGGUAUUCACGCCCUAAAGGAAAAUUUAAAUCCAAGUUUUAUUUCAGCAGAUACCGACCCCAGUCAAGUAAAGUAACACAUUGGGUACCUUAAAAGUUUCCUAUUACCUUCAGCAAUCAUAUUCUUGUCUUGCUUUUGGCAUGUUCGACUCUGGCACUUGGAACGGCAAAAAGAGUCGAAUCAAGCUUGAUUUUCUUAACAUCUCCUUAAAUAAACCUUACAACUGAGUUGAUAACAGGAUCAGAUCUCCUACUAGCCAUUUUCGUCGUUUUACAUUCUGGUUUCAAAAAAUUGGCAAUGAAAAUAUUUCAUAUUAAGAGACCACGUAAAUAUAAUUUUUUUUUUUUUGUUUUAAAAAUAUAUUUUCAGUUUUAUUUUGCCCUUGACUUAUGACAACUUAUGAUUAGUAGUGACACCGAAUACUUUGUUUGUGUUCAGUUUGGAAGUUCACCAAUAAAAUCAAACAAGUAAAAUUUUCAAUCGUUCUUCUUUUAGAUGCUGUCAUUUUCUUUUAACCCUUACACUUGGGAUAGUUCAAAGGAGCGAGUUGACUCUGAUGUCGUAACCCUGCAGCUGAAAAACAACAAAGGAGAGCUAAUUAAAGUAUCAAAUCUCUCGGAAGACAUCGUCAUCAUUACACCUUUGAAACCUGGGAAAAACUUCACGGAAAAGGCAAAGUAUUUCACAAAGAAUGACAAUUUACUUUUUCACGAGAUAGAGGUUAGAUUUGGAAACACCUUGCUGAUGAUGGAAAUCAACCCUCAAGAACCAAACGUAUAUCUGUUUGCAUAUAUGCGUUUUGGUCAGCGGCCAACAUCUCAAGACUACGACCUCAAUGCCACUAUCUCUCAUGACGAAAAGUGUGUUUGGAUGCUAAGUGCACAUGACGAAAGUGAAGGACAAACGGUCUGCUCCUUGAAUCCUCAUGUACCGAUACAAGUACUUGCUGAGCGUCCCGGGAAAUACUUUCUUGGCUUAAAAAAUUACAACGCCACAGUGAAUUUAUCUCACAAAAGAGAUAAAAGGUCUUGUCUUGGAGGAAGGCGAAGAAAGCGUUCCUGCGUCGAAGUCAAAGAUCCACCACCCACCCCACCCCAGGGUGAAAAUGUCUCUGUGAUGCCAGUUUAUGAUUCCACAACAGACCAGAAGUACACUCUGAAGGUGGUCUUAGGUAGUUGUGUUUACUGGUCAGAAAAAUUUGACAAGUGGAUAUCAUCUGGCUGUCGGGUAAGUGAAAAAUUAUAUAACGAUCUUCAGGACAAUCUGUUUUCUAAAUUUAACAUUGUAUUUAACACAGUUCAGAUACUUGGAGCUUUCCUGAGUAAUAUUCGCAAAAAUUACUGUGCGAUUGUAAUAAUCUUUACUCAUUAGGUUCGUUAUUGCAUUCAGGCUAAUCUUUGAUUAGAGAACAUUUUCAGACAAAAGUCGAAUCGAUUUGAUAACCAGCCGGGGCUUAUCAGCGCCUUAAAACAGAAAACAUACAAUGUGAUUAAUGGUGACAGCCAAAAUGAUUAUUUUUAUUAAUAAUAUCUUCCUUGCAUUUUAUAAUUCCAGGUUUUAGCAGAAUUAGAUGGAUUCUUAAAUUGUAGCUGUAGCCACCUGACAUCAUUUGGGGGAAAUCUUUCAGUUGAACCGAAUCCUAUUGACUUCGACAAGGUUCUAGUCGAGUUCCAGCAGUUACCAGAAACUGGAAAUAUCGCUGUAAUUGUGGCUAUUGUGGUGGUUUUAUUGUGUUAUACAACUAUGUUUGUUAUCGUAAGGAAAUUCGACAAAGAAGACGCGAAAAAUGUAAGUGUCGACCCGGAUUUUGCUUAGGACCAUUGUUUUCACGGGACAUGCUCUUUCACUCUCAAACUCGGGGUGUCAAUUCUCCCCUCCAGCUGUUAUAAAUUUUCUUGUAAAAUAAGUAAUGACCAUUUGCUAAUAGUGGAGCUCGCAGAGCGUAGCCCGAUAAUUAUACAAAAUAGUAGUAACCCAUCAAGCUGACAAAAUUUGGAUGUACGACCGUACGACCGUACAAGGUGCUUCUUUUAACAUGCGCGGUCAAAUGUACCGCGGGCGCGCCAAUACCACGGCUUUGUUCAGUGGUCCAGUGGUCAGUGCACUGGGCUCCGAGUCGGACGACCCGGGGGGCUAGUCCUGGCCGGGGCAAGACGUUGUGACGUGUGGGAAAAAAAGAUGCGAGCUCCGCUUUUAGGCUUGGCUAAAUCCAUAUAUUAUAUCAAGAUACCAACUUCUAUUUGAUAAGUCUGAAUAACUGUUUCCUGGAUAAUAGGCGGAUGUUUGUUGAAGAAAUUACAUGUUGAUCACUUCUAGGGGUUAAAGGGCUAGGAGGAAAAGGCUUUAAUGUUGACGACAUUAUUCGCUUUUAAGGUUUGUUGAGAUCGAGAUUUUAACUUUUAAACGCUUUUAACAUAUCCUAAAAAAAAUUAAAAUUUAAAAGUGAAGUGACAGUCAAUUAAAUUAAACCGUUUUCAGGGUUUACCAUGAUUUUUUUUUCGGAAAGGGACAAAAAAGCGAAUUAAGAAUAUACAUUAGCUAGCCGUGUGAAUAGUUCAUACUUUAUUAUGUUUUUUUAGAGGAAAUUACCGAUCCAACUUCCAUCAUCAUCUUCAAGUAGCACAUAUGAGUAUAUUAUAGUGAUUACUACUGGGGCUUGGAAAAACUCAGGCACGACUGCUCAUGUAGCUUUGGAGAUAUACGGUUCUGAAGGAAAGAGUGGCAUUCUUCAGCUUAGCCAAGAAGAGCCUGCUGCAGUUGAUGUGUUAUUCUCUCGAGGUAAUUCAGAUGUUUUUGUACUUUAUGUUACCAAAUCACUUGAUUCGAUUCAAAGAGUGCAGAUUGGGCAUGAUAAUUUUGGAGAUAAUCCCUCGUGGUACUUAGAGGAAAUUCUGAUUCGGGAUGUACAAUCCAGGCAGUGUUGGAAAUUCUUGGCCAGUCAGUGGUUUGCUCUUGAGCGCGGUGACGGGCGCAUCGAGCGAAUAAUCGAGAAGACCUCAAAUCAUCUGGAUUUUGGCGAUGAAGUUGCAAGACGUUGGCGAAGAGGCCUCGCAGAAGGGCAUAUUUGGAUUUCAGUAGCAGCCAAGCUAAGAAGAAGCCGCUUUACAAGAGUACAGCGGCUUUCUUGCUGCCUCUCAGUGCUUUUGACAUCCAUGUUUGCUAACGCGAUGUUCUAUAAGUUAGAAGGCAAAUAUGAACAGCCUAUCCAAGUCGGACCGCUGAAAAUGUCGUGGAGACAAGUGGUGACUGGAAUUGAAAGCGCGCUUGUUGUGACGCCCAUAAACAUUGUCAUAGUGUUACUGUUUCAGAAAGGGGCUGUAAAGUCUGUGACGAACAAUGGCUAUUGUCAUAAAGGUACCCUGAUCAGUGGUAUCUCUUGGUGUUUGUUGCUUUUUUCUUGUUUUGUUUCGGCUGCGUUUACAAUUUUUUACAGCCUUAUUUGGGAAAAGAUUGUCAGCGAGCAAUGGCUGUCUUCGAUGCUUAUCUCAUUUGCGUAGGACGUAACAAUCAAGGAACCAGUAAAGGUGUUCUUCACAGCUUUAACUGUCGCGGCCAUUUUAAGGAUAAAGGCGAUGAGAUCAAAAGUACACGCCUGCGAAAGCCCUCAGCAAGUUAAAGCUGGGUACAAUAAGAAAAAUAUUUGGGCACUGGAAUUUUCAGAAGUGGAAAAGAUGAGGAGACGACAAGCUAAGAAACAGAACGUGACGCGUUAUUUCACAGAAUUGGGUUUAUACUUGGUCUUCGUUUUCUUACUUCUGGCAGUGUGCUAUGGAAACAGAAGUGACCAUCGGUACUUGAUGACAAAAUCAAUCCGAGAUGGACUACAAAACUUCGGCAAGGUGAGUAAACAUUAUUUUGUUAUGAUAAAUCCUUUGCUGAAAUUCCCGGGUUUGAUUCAUCUUACGGUGUUUCAUUCCUAUGGGGGUUCAAAAUCGAGUAUAUGAGGGGAAAUUUUACUUUGCCGGCCUCCUCAAGGUUUCUUUUUUCUUCUAUAAAGACAUUCGGUGAUUGACUGAGGCAUUUUCUGGUCUUGUAAUCGACAUUUUGAGUAGGAAUAUCUCUUUAUAAACAGAGCAACAGAGAUAUGUUAGGGUGUAAGACCCGAACUCAGGACUGGAGAGAUAUUUCAAGCGAUAGUAGUAUAAUUCCAUGAAGAGAUUGGAUUGGCAUUCAAUUCUACCAUAGCAACUCACACAAACCUUAUAUUUGAGGGGAUGGGUGCAAUGGGAAUGAGCACUUGGGAAUAAUAGUCUACAACAGUGUCUACGAUAGGCCCAUAUAUACUAACUUGUUUGUGUGACUAUAUAUAUAUUGUAUAAUGUCUAUUAUAUAUAUAUAUAUAUAUAUAUAUAUAUAUAUGUAUAUAUAAUCAAAAGUUAAAACACAGACUUCUUAUAUAAAUAUAUAUAGGGGAAGUCUGUGUUUUGAUUUUUCCGUUUUACAGUGCUCGAUACGUAGAAGUAGAGCGCAAUAUAUAUUGAGAUACGGAAAAAAAGAGACUAUACUUUCAUCCCUGCAAGCCUGUUUCGUGAUUACUCUCUCAUCAGGGGAUUGUAUUGCUGAGAAUAUUCGUACCAUCGUUUAUAUACUUUACAAAUUUGCAUAAUAGGCGUGGCGGUAAAUUUCAAUGCUUUGUUCAAUUGUUACGCAGUAACGCUUUGUUUCUGUGGCGGCAUGCGGACACGAGUUCAUUACCUUUAUUGAGUGAUGAUAAUUCAAGUUGGCAGAUGAUGGGUAAUUUUUCUUUGAGGCAGAGGUUGCAUCUUUUGCUUGCGCUGUUGAAGGGUGAUCUAGAUGAAAGGAUGCGCCAUGAAAUAAAAUGGUCCAUGUUAUUUUCUUUAAGGGUUCAGAUAUGUUUGCUGAGUUCGAUAGAGUUUCUGUGUUUUGUGUGUCGGAAUGAUGCGGUACAGUUUCUAUAUCUAGUCUUGCAGUCGUUUUUCUGUAAGUCUGAUAUAUGUUUCAUUGGUGCUGUUGUCCUAACGUGUGACGGUUGCUUAGUAGAUUUGUGGUGACUGAAGGCAGUUUCCGUUAAGUGGGUAUGUUUUCUUCUUUGGGAAGUUGCAAGUUUUGGUGUCUUUUGUGUUGGUGUUAUCUGCGGUGUCAUUGAUGUGUUUUUUGGAUGAAUUUAAAAUGCAUUUGUUGCGGUUGUCGAUGAUCUGUUGAAUGUUAUUCAUGCAGUUGUAACUGAUCUUGAUUGCGUUACGAUCAAAGACUUUUUUAAGUCUGCGGUCUUUCUGGAAGUGCUUGUCUAUUAGGGCAAGGAAUCUAUGUCUGAUAUUGGUGCUGACGUUUUUGCUGAAUGGUAGGUUCUAUCAGAGUAUGUUGUUCCGUUGUCUGUUUUUUCAUUUGUUAGUUGUGGGUGGUUCGUAGUGUAGAGUGUAACGGUAUCAGUAUUCGUCGAGUGCUUUUUUUUUGGUGGAGCGGCUUCGCCGAAAGAUGCUUUGUCGGAUGAAAGGGAUGACAGUCUUGUUGAUGCCGGCGGGUAUGUCCUUUGUGGUGGUUGGUGCGUGGAUGCCGCGGUGGACGUAUCGUAGUGUGGUGUAGGGCUUUGGGAAGGGUUGGUGGGUGUUUUUGUUCAGGUUGAAAGUGACGUCUAAGAAAUUGAUGGUCUGUUUGUUGGCUUCGAUGGUGAUCCGUAGUUCAUUGUGAUUAAAGAUGUGGCAUAUUUCUUUUUUGACGUUUUCUGUAUCUCUCGGUGUGGCGUUUGAAAAGCCACACCGAGAGACACUACGAUACGUCCACCGCGAGAGCAACCACCCCGCAAUUUGUAAGCCGUUUAUAAGAGAUUUAUCGAAAGAACCAUUGAUUAUUACCCCGAUGCGAAAGAUUUUAUGAUGGAAAACACUGAGGAUUUCUUAAACAAACUAGUGUUUCAAAAUAAUAAAGAAAAAAAUCCCACGCGUGAGACAAAGAAAGCAAGUGAAUUCAAUUUAUACGCUUAACCGCAGAGUUAUAUUUUUAAUUUAUAAAAAUGAUCUUGUUGUGUCACACUGUCGUCUAUAUGCUUUCUAUGCCAAAAUGUAUAAGACCAAUGUUUGAUCGAAAAAUUAAAAUUCUUAUACCCGAGUGAGUGAAAUUGAUAUAACCUAAGAUUACUUCCCGGCCAUCGUCAGAGGCCGAUAAAAAUCGAUUUUACUUGUAUUUAACGAAACUGAAUUCAAACAUUCAGCUUAGCGUUUUUGUAAAAAAAAAUCUGAAAUCUUGAAAAGCAACCGAUUUACUUAGAAAAACGUAUUUUCAAACAUAAGUUAAUAAAUCAGGAAGGAGUCAUAAUCUCGGACUUGGGCGAAUCCCCUGAGGGAAUUUUUGCGGCAACUGCUCAUGAUGUAACACCUCGGUGGCGCGACAAGAGAAUCGUUCAGAGAAUCGUUUAAGAGAAUCGUUCGAGAGAAUAAUAUUCACAUCCUCUUCAGAAGUCGUUGGUGAGACAAUGUGAAUAUUAUUCACCUGUUAAAAAUUCAAGUUGCCUUGAAAUCGGGGUUGUUUAAAAUGCGUCAGAAGUGUUUUUUUUUUAAAUCAAGGUUGAAAUCAACCUUGAUUUUAAGGCUAAAAAAUUCAUGAGUUGACUUGAAAUCAAGAUGUUUUUCAAAAUGCACCAGAACCCACUUUUUCUAACUACUUAAAUACGUUUAUAUCUAUCUAUCUAUCUAUCUAUCUAUCUAUCUAUCUGUCUAUAUAUAUAUAUAUAUAUAUAUAUAUGUACGUAUGUAUGUAUGUAUAUAUAUAUAUAUAUAUAUAUAUAUAUAUAUAUAUAAAUAGGAAGUCUGCAAGUCGAUUUUCGCGUGGAACAGUGCUCAAUACGUUGAAGCAGAGCAGAAUAAAUAUUAUGAGAGGAAAAAAGGACGCAACUACAUUUCCCUUAAAAUGUAGAAAUGUAGAAAUGGGAAAUGUAGUUGCGUCCUUUUUUCCUCUCAUAAUAUUUAUAUAUAUAUAUAUAUAUAUAUAUAUAUAUACACAGCCCAAUAAUCUUAUAUUAAUUCAGGUGAAAAACAACACAAUGUACUGGUGGUGGUUACAGCGUGUUUUCAUUCCGGGAGUGUUUUCCGGCAGAUGGUACAACGGCCAAAAGGAAAACCGAACAAUUUACAUUGGUAAUAAACGCUCUCUUCUCAUUGGAAUGGCACGAAUAAGGCAACUCAGAGUGAGAUCGAGUAAGUUUUUCCUACUUUUAUUCAUUUACUCACUCAAAUUAUUAUACCUUUUAUAGUUGAGUCUGAUAGAGAAGCGAUCACUGUCCAACCUUAAGUAUAGAGUUAACAAUAGUUCACUGAAAUUCCUAAAGAACAAUAUUGAAAAUGCACCGGAGACAAAUUUCUCGGCUGCUGACCAUUGUAACAAUUAUUUGGAAAAGAGUUUAUAAUUAGGUAGCUGCAUUUUUUUAUGAACGUUAAAUUUGGGUUUUAAUGGACGGCAUUCCUCUGCCCCGUGGGCAAACUUUGAAGACUUCUUAGGCAACUUUAGUUCUCUAUAACAGAAAUGUCUAUGUCUAUUUAAAAGUACGCACUAUGAGAAACUGUUGAGUGAAAUUAAUACCAAAACAAACUUCCAACUUCCUGAUCAUGAUCCUUUGUUUUCCAACUUGCAGCACAAUGUAAAGUCCUCAACUAUAUGGAAACAUUGUUCGAAGAAUGUUUCAAGGGAUACUCGACAGAGAACGAAGAAAAGACAGCCUACACCAAACCAGGCUGGAUGCCUUUUGACAAUGCUACUAGGAAUGACGAGUUAUUACAACCUUGCCCGAAGCCAUGGCGAUAUCAAAAUGCCGAGGAAACCGACACUACACCCAGGUGGGGACAGUUCUCCUUUUAUGAUGGAGGAGGAUUUGUAGCAGACCUCGGCUAUGAUAGCCAUACGGCAUUCAGUACAGUAACAAAUUUACAAGACAACGGCUGGGUUGACAGGCAAACCAGAGUUGUCCUGGCAGAGUUUUCGACAUUCAAUCCGUCGGUAAAUAUUUUAGGUGUUGCCACAUACUUCUAUGAAGUUGAUGCAUCUGGACUGAAAGCAGCCUCUGUGCAAACUCGUGUUCUUUCACUUGAUUCUACAACCGCACCUUCGCAUCAGUUUUAUUUGAUUUGCUUGUUUCUGUACAUUGUAUUCGUUUUUCUGUAUUUUGGAAGAGAAAUGUUUAGGCUUUAUAAUCAUCGCUCUCGAUAUUUCAAGUCCGUGUGGAACUGGGUCGAGAUCUUCCAAAUUGUUUUUUCUCUGUUUGCUGUGGUAAUGUACGUUAUACGACAAAGUAAAACCCUUUCAACUAUGGGUAAACUGCAUAAAAACAUUUACGCAAAUCUAAGUUUCCAAGAAGCUAUCACUUGCCAAGAAGUGGAAAUUGUCGUACUUGGAAUUCUUAUUUUCAUCGUCACUACCAAGCUCUUGCGAAUCAUUCGCUUCAACAGCUAUGUCGCUCUAUUCUCCAAAACAUUGAAAAUAUCUGCACGAUCUUUGUCAUCCUUUAGUAUUGUUUUAUUGAUUUUCUUUGUGGCUUUUUUGCAUUUUGGUGUCUUGAUGUUUGGCUCUGUAUCUGAGCGCUACUCUUCGCUGCUGAAAGGAGUUUAUUUCCAGCUCGAGCUAACUCUUGGUCGAGUGAAAGCUAGACCAAUCAAUGAACUAGCUGAGGCUAGUACCAUAUAUGCCAAAAUAUUCGCCUUUUUAAUCCUCUUCACUCUCACUGUCCUCUGCAUGAACUUCUUUAUCGGCAUGAUCAACGAUGCUCUUUUGGAUGCUAAGAAUAAUGUGAGCGAAAGUGAGCUGUAUGAACUUAUUGAUGAGAGUCGUUGGUCGAGGUCAAAAGAAAGAAAAGAACUUUUCGAUGCAAUCAGUAAUACAUUGAAACAGCCGAGAACUUCCAAAAAGUCAGCAGAAGCAAAGGACAAAGAAUCAGAAAACGUUGGCCUUUACUCCAAGAACAGUUCCAAUCUCAACUUUGAUUUAAUAAGUCAAGCUAUCAUAGCUUGGAGGGAGAAAAGAUCCAGAGAAAUAAUAAAUAAACAGCAAUGCAGCACAAGGAGACAAUCUUUGUUCGACAAGAUAAGCAACAUGUUAAAAUCUCUGAAAGGUGAAAGAAAUGUUGACGGCAGCAAACGUAGAGAAAAAAAGAAAGUAAGAUUUCAAGAGGACGUCGUCGAGUUUUCUCUCCGUAAAUUACGUAGGAGACGGGAUGACUUGUUACAACGGUUCGAGAGUAUUGUUUCUGGGUUCUCGGAAGAAGAUGAAGAAUUUAAUUAUUUAUUAAAAACAGCAGAGGCUUAUAACUACUAG